GCUGUCAGUCACGUGGGCCUAGUGGGCGGGGAGUAGAGUCAGCUGAGCUGCGGCCAUUUUGUGUGUCUGUGUCCGGUGACAGAAGAGUCCGGUGGGGCCCGAUCCCGUGCUCGGACAUGGCGCUCCGUAUGGUAAAGGGCAGUAUUGACCGCAUGUUCGAUAAGAACCUGCAGGACCUGGUGAGAGGGAUCCGCAAUCAUAAAGAGGAUGAGGCCAAGUAUAUUUCGCACUGUAUCGACGAGAUCAAACAAGAACUCAAGCAAGACAACAUUGCUGUGAAAGCUAAUGCCGUCUGCAAGUUAACCUACUUGCAAAUGCUGGGUUAUGACAUCAGCUGGGCUGCCUUCAAUAUCAUUGAGGUGAUGAGUGCCUCAAAGUUUACUUUCAAGAGAAUUGGAUACCUAGCAGCUUCACAAUGCUUUCAUGAGAGCACAGACGUUAUUAUGCUGACAACAAACCAGAUAAGAAAGGAUCUAAGCAGUCCUAAUCAAUAUGACACUGGUGUAGCCCUGACUGGGCUGUCUUGUUUUGUCACUCCAGACUUGGCCAGAGAUUUGGCAAAUGACAUCAUGACACUGAUGUCCCACACAAAGCCAUAUAUAAGGAAAAAGGCUGUUCUGAUCAUGUAUAAAGUGUUUCUCAAGUAUCCAGAGUCUCUGCGCCCAGCAUUUCCAAGACUGAAAGAAAAGUUGGAGGACCCUGAUCCAGGAGUUCAGUCUGCAGCGGUGAAUGUUAUUUGUGAACUAGCUCGUAGAAACCCCAAAAACUACCUGUCAUUGGCUCCGCUGUUUUUCAAGCUCAUGACUUCUUCUACUAACAACUGGGUCCUAAUUAAAAUUAUCAAAUUGUUUGGAGCACUUACUCCCUUGGAACCAAGGUUGGGAAAAAAAUUAAUUGAGCCUCUGACCAACCUUAUACACAGUACAUCUGCAAUGUCACUCCUCUACGAAUGUGUGAAUACUGUAAUAGCUGUUUUGAUUUCGCUGUCAUCAGGAAUGCCCAACCACAGCGCUAGCAUUCAGUUGUGUGUUCAAAAGCUGCGGAUUCUUAUUGAAGAUUCAGACCAGAAUUUGAAGUAUCUAGGAUUGCUUGCUAUGUCCAAAAUCUUGAAAACUCACCCAAAAUCUGUACAGUCCCACAAAGACCUUAUCCUCCAGUGUCUGGAUGACAAGGAUGAGUCAAUUAGAUUACGAGCCCUGGAUCUUCUUUAUGGAAUGGUGUCUAAGAAGAACUUGAUGGAGAUUGUUAAGAAACUAAUGAUUCAUGUUGACAAAGCGGAAGGAACUGCCUACAGGGAUGAAUUAUUGACCAAAAUUAUUGAUAUAUGUAGCCAGUCUAACUACCAGUACAUUACCAACUUUGAGUGGUAUAUUAGUAUUCUAGUAGAACUUACUCGUCUUGAAGGGACACGCCAUGGCCACCUCAUAGCUGCUCAAAUGCUUGAUGUUGCUAUUCGAGUGAAAGCUAUUCGAAUGUUUGCGGUGUCACAAAUGGCCACAUUACUUGACAAUGCUCACUUAUUGGCCAGCAACACACAGCGCAAUGGAAUCUGUGAAGUCCUUUAUGCGGCUGCCUGGAUUUGUGGCGAGUUUUCAGAGCACCUCCCAGAACCACAACAAACAUUGGAGGCUAUGCUGAGGCCGAAAGUCACUACUCUGCCAGGGCAUAUUCAGGCGGUUUAUGUCCAGAAUGUGGUUAAAUUAUAUUCUUGUAUGCUGCAGCGCAAAGAACAGGAGGGAGAUCAAGAAGCCGCACAGGAGAUUACACAGCUUAUGAUUGACAGACUACCCCAGUUUGUACAAAACGCAGACUUGGAAGUUCAGGAGAGGGCUUCCUGUAUAUUGCAGCUUGUCAAAUAUAUUCAGAAACUACAGGCAAAGGAGGUUCCUGUAGCUGAGGAAGUUAUGGCUUUAUUUGCUGGGGAACUUAAUCCUGUGGCUCCAAAAGCUCAGAAGAAAGUCCCUAUUCCAGAAGGUUUAGACUUGGAUGCCUGGAUCAAUGAGCCUCCUUCAGAUAGUGAAUCGGAAGAUGAAAAGCCUAAAGCAAUCUUUCAUGAUGAUAAACAGACGCAUGGGAAGUCAUCUCGUCCAGAGAUUGAUGAAGAAGAGUUGGCAAGGAGACGUGCUGUAAGGAAAGAAGAACAAGCCAACAACCCAUUCUACAUUAAAAGUUCUCCUUCACCACAAAAGCUUUAUCAGGAUUCACCUGGGGUUGAACAUAUACCUGUUGUGCAGAUUGAUCUUACUGUUCCCCUUAAAGUUCCAGGCCUGCCCAAUUCUGACCAAUAUGUGAAGCUGGAGGAGGAAAGGAGGACCAAACAGCGUAAAGAGAAGGAUAAGAAGAGGAAGAAAGAAAAAGACAAGAAAAGCGGAAAGACUCGGCGACACAAAUCUGUUCAUACGGAGAGUGAUGAGGACAUUGCCCCUGCCCAUCAUGUGGACAUCAUUACUGAGGAGAUGCCAGAGAAUGCCCUUCCCAGUGAUGAUGACGACAAAGACCCCAAUGAUCCCUACAGAGCACUGGAUAUAGAUUUAGACAAGCCUUUAGCUGACACAGAAAAACUUCCAGUACAAAGGCACCGAAAUGCAGACACCCUAAAAUCUCCUGAAAAUGAUGUCUCUAUGUUGGAGCAAAACGUUAAAAAGCACAGCAAGAAGGAAAAAAAACAUGAGUCUGAUAGAGUGAAGAAGAAAGAAAAGAAGAAAAGUAAAGAGAAAGAAGAGAAGACUAAACGCAAGAAAUCUACAACCAAGGAAGCCAGGGAAGAGGAAGCAGAGGUAAAGGACGAAGAAGCAAAAUCACAGAAAACAACUCCAACAGAUGACAUGGAUUUCUGGCUUGCUAGCUCUCAGAUGCCACCACAGGAACAGAACUCUUCCACCCAGAGCCUACCUGAAGUAAUUACAACAGGGGAAGAUCCAGAAGAGCUCCCAAAAACAGAAGAACAAGAAGAAAGACACCAAGAAGAGCCAGAAAAGAAAUCUCAUCGACACAAGAAGAAACACAAGAAGGAAAAGGAUGAGUCAAAAGAGGAUAAGAAGUCUCGAAAGAAGAAACAUCAUCACCACCGUCACCACAAUGAAUCUCAUGUGGAUGAACAUUCUGAGUCUGUUCAGAAUGGGACAUUGGAUGAAGAAGAGCCUCUUCCACCAAUGUCAAGUUACCAGCUUUUGGCUGAAAACAAAUAUAUUAAGAUGAUGUAUGACAUUCAAGGAGAUUUGCAAAAAGAGAGUCAGGUCACAGUAUCAAUCAUCUUAGAAAACCAAGGUCAAAGCUUCCUUAAAAACAUGGAGCUUAACGUUUUAGACUCCUUAAAUACCAAAAUGCAAAGGCCUGAAGGAUCUUCUGUACACGAUGGAAUACCUAUUCCUUUCCAGUUGCCUCCAGGUGUCUCAAAUGAAGCUCAGUUUGUGUUCACUGUUCAAAGUAUUGUAAUGCCCCAAAAGCUGAAAGGAACAUUGACAUUCAUAGUAAAGGAUGAGGAAGGAUCGUCCCAUGAAAAGUUAGACUUCAAAAUCAACUUCAGCUGUUCCUCUUAUUUAAUAAUGACCCCUUGCUACAGUGAUGCUUUUGCCAAGCUCUUGGAAUCCGGAGACCUUAAAAUGAGUUCCCUGAAAGUGGAAAAUACUAGCCUGUCUUUUCAUCAUCUGUUAACAAAAAUCUGCUUUUAUCACCACUUUACAGUGGUCGAGCGAGUUGAUUCUUGUGCAUCUAUGUACAGCCGGUCAAUCCAGGGACACCACACAUGUCUACUGGUAAAAAAAGGUGACAAGUCUAUAUCCAUUGAUGGAAAGUGCAGUGAAGCAACUCUCCUCAGCAGUCUUCUCAGUGAGAUCAAAGCAACACUGUCCGAAUCUUGAACAAGAGUGAAGCCUUUCCUCUCGUUUUAACCCCACCUCCUCUCUGCUCCUCCUGCAAGGCACACUCAGACAGAACUGAAAUGGAAAAACUGGCGCAUAACUGCAUGUUCAGGUCCCUCAUUUUUGCAGGAGGCCCAAUUUUACUGUCAUUUGGAAGUGUAAAGUUUUUUACUGUGCUUAAUUUUAUUAUCAAAUGCUGGCCCCUUAUUAAUAUUAUUAUAAUUUUUUUUAACAUUACCUAUGGAUAUCCCAAUGCAGCAGUUGAAAAGCAGUUUUAUUAAGUGUUCACAUUACAUAUUUAUACUGCCAAAACUGGUGGAUAUAGAAAUCUUAUUAUGAAUCUAGUUAGAUUUUUCUUCCAAUUUCAUCAUUGGAGGUUAAAUUUGCUAAUAUUGGGCUUCUGCCUAUGACUCCACCACAUCUUAAGAUGUAAGAAACCUAUUUGUAACAUUCGCUGUGGCUUGCACAGUAUCUAUGUAGCAGAUUACUGGACAACAGUGUUUACUAUUUGCAUUGAGUGGGUAACAGUAUUGAACUGCUUAGAGUGGCUGUCCAGCAUAGCACGUGGGCGAUGAAACACAACUUUUUGCCUUAUUUGCAGUUAUGCAUGAACUGCUUGUAAGAACAGCAAGACCUUUCAAUCUUGCAAUUUUGACCUAGCUUAAUAUCACUGUCUUACAUGGGAUCAUGUUUUGUUUUUGGGUCCUUUUGGGUUUUUCUCUGGGCCAGCAAGACAUUCCGAAGCAUAAAUUAUGAAUAGAAACUGGAAAUUCCAUAUUUUGUUUAUCUAUAGUGUCUUAUUCGUGUGUUUGUGGAUUUUUUUUGUUUUUUGUUUUUCCCUGUUGUGUGUUCACUCGGUUUAGUUAUGACUUUUAAGAGGGUCUCCUAUACUCAUGGUGCAAAGUGUGUGCUGUACAGUCUGCCUGAUCACAUACCGCUUUUACCUUCAUAGAAACCUAUGUAUCAUAAGAUUUGUGAAGAUAAAAGAUGUUGUGACUCAUAAAUCAUGUGAUGACCUAAAUAACUGGUGGUGCCUUAAUAUAACUUCCUAAAAUUAUGUUUAACCCGAAGGGAA